AUGUGUGCAUUUGGGGAUAGACUUACGGAUGAAAGAAUCCAAGGCGCUCAACGGACCAUGAAUAAUGCUCCAACUCCCCGCGAAAAACUCCAAGGAUUCAUCUCCAAGAUUGAAGAUUGGCACCGAAUAAUGAAUUUCUUAGAGGUACUUUGUCAAAUAGACUUAUUCACUUCAUCGGAGAGGGACAGAGGGACAGUCUACUAUUUUAGGAAUGUUCUCAAUGCCAGAAAUGUCAAGAGUAGUGUGAAGAAUUCUUUCAGAGCCUAUAAAAUGCUCUACUAUACCAUUUUUGAUGCUUCCUGUUGCACACUAUUUCUCAUGGAAUUCAACAUUCAUGAUUUGAAACAAAUGUGACAUUUCCUGAAGAAUUCAUGGAAUAGAAUGAUGAUGAAAAAAUAAAAUGGAAGAAUUCAAUUUGCAAGAAUAUUGUGAAGAAGUGGUUUUUUUGAUAAUUCAGACAAUAUGUUGAGAGAUGUGCGUGAUGUUUUGAGUGAUGCUAGUCAUCCAGAAAACUACUGCAUAAACAAUGUCAAUGAUGGGAGAUUUCAGUGUCAUUACUGCGAGAGAUCUUAUGCACACGUUGGAAGUUUGAAAACCCAUGAACAUACAAUACAUCAGCAUAAGAAUGAUCAACAGAAUUCAAAAAAGUCAAAAACAGAAAAUUGUGAUGAAUUGAACAAGUAUGGUUUAUUGUUUUUCAAAUUAUCUGCUCUGUUGAAAAAUCUUGACACAUCUAUUGAUAUGGCUGAUGAUUGUAGAUCAAUUCGGUCAGCAAAAUAUGAAUUACCUUUAUUCAACAAAACAGGGAAAGUGAAAUAUGUGGUUAGUUGUAUUCAUCUUACUGAACUGUAUGAAAAUACUCUUCCAGAUCACGAAAACAGCGUUUAGUGGCAAACAGAACAAUUAACAUUUCAGGUGGAAAAAAUAACAAUUUGGCACUUGACGAAUAUCUUGAAAUACUAAACAGAGAUAGUAAGAAUAUUGUGUCAGGACACCAAACAAAAGAAAGUAUUAUCAUGCAUUCUAAGCAGUAUCCACAUUUGAUAAAUUUUGUAAAAACACUAUGAUCAAAUAUCUGAGAUCAGGGGCAGGAAAGGGUUUCACAAAUUGCCAAGCUAUAAAGCUGAUGUAAUUAAAGUUGCCAAAGAAAUUCAAUGUAUAAAUGCAUUGCAAUGUCAGCCAGAUAGAAAACUGUUGUGUAGAGAACUUUGUAAAAACAAAAAUCCAUAUGAUAAUUCUGUUAAAUGACUUCCUGUUCUCAUUCACAGACAUGGACCUGUUACACCU